CGGCCGGGCGGCUGCUUAGCGCGAGGAGUCCUCUCCGCUGCGGUCUCCCCCGCCACCCCGAGAGAGGGGCUCGGAAUCGGGGGGGCCUGCUCGGUCGCACAGCCCCGCGGUUUCCGUGUCCCCUUCCCGGGCGGCCGCGACAACCAGAGUGACCCGGCUCGGGGCCGGGAGGCCCCGCCAAACUUCCCUGGCCGGCCCCUCGCCCCGGCGCGAGGGCAAGGGGCGCGUUCUGCUGCGGUCGGCGUGGGUGUCGCCCCCGCGGGAGGAGACAGAGCGUGUCCCCAAGGGGACAGGCCAGCCGCACGUGAGGGCCGCCGGCCGCCUCCCCUGCGGCCCCGCUUACCGGUUGCCGGCAGCCGCGCGGGCCCAGGGCUCGGCCGAGGCGUGCCGGGGGCGGUGGGGUUGAGGCGGGGCGCGAGGGGCCGGACGGACCUCCUGCCAAGGCUUUCCGAGGCUGCUCGCUGGGAACGCGACGGCCGGCGAGCUUCCUCUCGGGCGGAGAGGAACGGGGGAGAAAGGAAUCUUUUUCCAGGAACUGGGCGGGGCAGAGCUUUUCUGCCGACCCUCGGCCUCCAGUGAAACACUGGCCCUCCGUGCGGUGCCCCACCCGCCAUUUACUGGCGGUGUCCGCGGACAGGUUAGGUUGGCCACCCGCCGGCACCUGCAUCAGGUCAGCGACCUCGAUGCGGGCAGUGUGUGAACGCGCGCGAAUAGGGACUGCAUCAAGCCCAUGAAGGUGGAUAGGAGGCCGGGAAGCGGCGUGGCCAAGAUCCACAUCGAAGAUGACGGGAGUUACUUCCAAGUCAGUCAGGAUGGAGGGAUGAAGAAGCUGGAGAAGGCGAAGAUCUCGCUGGACGACUGCCUGGCGUGCAGUGGCUGCGUCACCUCAGCGGAGACCGUGCUUAUUACUCAGCAGAGCCACGAGGAGCUGCGGAAAGUUCUAGGUGCCAAUAAGACAGCAGCACCUGAUCAGCAGAAGCUGGUUGUCAUCUCGGUCUCGCCUCAGUCUAGAGCAUCGCUGGCUGUGAGGUUUCAGCUGAAUCCUACGGAUACCGCCAGGAAAUUAACAGCAUUCUUUAAAAAAAUAGGCGCACACUACGUGUUCGACACCGCCUUCUCGAGGAACUUCAGCCUCCUCGAAAGCCAGCGGGAGUUCGUGCGGCGGUUCCGAGGACAGGCCAACCCCGAGCAGGCCCUGCCCGUGCUGACUUCUGCCUGCCCAGGCUGGAUCUGCUACGCUGAGAAGACCCACGGGAGCACCCUCCUUCCCCACAUCAGCACUGCGCGGUCCCCACAGCAGGUCAUGGGCUCCCUGGUCAAGGAUUUCUUUGCCCAGCAGCAGCGGCUGACUCCCGACAAGGUCUACCACGUGACAGUAAUGCCCUGCUACGACAAAAAGCUGGAAGCCUCCAGACCCGACUUCUUCAGCCAGGAGCACCAGACACGCGACGUGGACUGUGUCAUCACCACAGGUGAAGUCUCCAAGCUGCUGGAGGAAGAAGGGGUCUCGCUGGCGGAGCUGGAGCCGGCUCCUCUGGACAGCCUGUACGUUGUCACCGGCCGUGUCGGACGGGCUGUAAGCUCACCCAGCACCGGGUGCUCUCCACCGGGGUGUCCCAAGGGUCCAGAUGGGUGGCAGAAGGGGCCGCGGCCCUUGACGCAGGCACUGGCCGCCUCCCUUUUCCCUCGCCUGGCCUCCCUCGGCCCCUCGUGUGCCUCAGUGUCAAAGAUGCUUGAGCUCCCGACAACUGGCCGAUGGUCGUCAGAGCUGACCCUGACUUCACACAGGUCUGAGCUCCCGGGACAGGUGGUACGACAGGGGGGACAGUCCUUUGCUUCACAAGCCUCCUCCCGACACACCUUCAAAGCCUUGGGCUCUAUGGCUCAUCUUCGGCUUAGAAAGCAAACGCUCUCAAACCUGAGACAGAGGUUGCUCAGAGGCCUCGGUGGGCAGCGGCCCCAACACCACCUGAGGCCUGGCCUCUUCCCCAGGUGCAGCAGUGCCUCUGCCCAGGAGCCCACCAGCCAUCGGGGCGGGGGCUCAGGGGGCUACCUGGAGCACGUGUUCCGCCAUGCAGCCCAGGAGCUCUUCGGGAUCCAUGUCACUGAGGUCACCUACAGACCCCUGAGGAACAAGGACCUCCAAGAGGUGAUUCUAGAGAGGGAGGGCCAAGUCCUGCUGCACUUUGCCGCAGCCUACGGCUUCCGCAACAUCCAGAACCUGGUGCAGAAGCUCAAGCGCGGGCGCUGCCCGUACCACUACGUGGAGGUCAUGGCCUGCCCCGCAGGGUGCCUCAACGGAGGGGGACAGCUCAAGGCCCCCGACACGCCCGGCAAGGAGCUCCUGCAGCAGGUCGAGAGGCUGUAUGGCCUAGUCAGGACAGAAGCACCGGAGGAUGCAGCCGGCGUCCAGGAGCUAUAUGAGUGCUGGCUGCAGGGCGCAGGCUCGGAGCGGGCUGGCCGCCUGCUGCACACCAGCUACCACGCGGUGGAGAAGGCUGGCUCUGGACUCAGUAUCAGGUGGUAGAGGCCUCACGGUUCCAGCCGGUCCACUGCCACCAACACCAGGACUCCUGAGAAGGUGGGGGGUCUCCAGCAGGGCAGUUGCCCGAGACUCCGAGGGGCACCUCAAAAUGCUGCAGGGACACUGGGACCCUUGGAGCAAUGGAACUCGGGAUCGCUCUCACCUGGACUCCUCCUUCGGGGCUGCAGGCUCUACCGGCCGCUGGCCCUCUCCAUGGUCCUGAGCCCUGAAAGGCCCGGGCUCCCCCUGGGUGUGGGGGUCUUAGCUCGUCCCGUGGGAGGGCUCCUCACCCUCCAUCUCUAGAGUCCCCCCAAACUCCUGUGGGGCGGUGGUGACAGGCUGGACCUGCCCAGCUGGUGAGGUCACAGCAGAGCCUGGGGGACCUGCCACACUGGGCAGCUGAGGACACUGGCCGGACACAGGCAGCCGGCCCAUGACUCCACCUGGGGUGGGGUGCCCCUCCACCGAGACCAGGUGUCUGACAGAGCUGUGAUGCCUGGGGCCGGAGAACCUGCCUCCCGGGGGCUGAGUCCUGUGUCCACAGCUGGACCCCCACGGGCUGGGGCCGGGGCGGGACAGACUGAGUCAGCCCCCCAGGCACAUGCCUGAGAAGCUCAUCUCUAGUAAAAACAGGUUCUUUUUGA